UCAAAUCAAGUCGCUCGCAGAGCUCAUGUGGCAGCUGUUCAAAACUAUAAAUCUGAGUCUGGAUACUUGUUUGAUGGUGUGAAAUAUUACAUCACAGGUCUGAAAAGUAACAACACUUUUCACAGAUGACAGUGUUAUUUAAGCGUUCAUUUCCCACAUUCUCCCUAAACUCCCCUACUACUUUAAUCAGAAACCAGAGUGUGUGUCUGUGCCAAAUUUAGCUCUGCGGUGUCACACUGAGGUAAUCACAUGCUUCUUCGAAACAAAUAACAAAGACCUCAACAGAAACUUGAUUUUUUUUUUUUCUGAGCAAAAAGCCUAGACGGGAAAGUUUAAUCAGUCAUGAAAUGUAUUGCGUGACUUACUGUCUCACCUCUUUUCUCUGCAUAUUCACCUGAAACCUGAUCUAUGUGUUUAAAGUGACCCUUGAGCUCUAUCAGCUCAAGCAUGACACCAGGAAGUCGGUGCACAUGGCACGAAGGUGAAGCACACAACGGUGGGCUUUCAAACAAAAGUAUGCUGGAGUUUCCCCUGGGUGUAGAAGACUGGAAGAGAAGAAGGAAAAAGAGGAGGAGGCGUGACAGAGGGAUGGAUGGUGAAAACAGACAUGAGACGCUGAAUGUUUGGGGUGAGCACUGAUGAGGACACUGUAGCUAAAAGGCUUAGGCAUGGCUAGCAUCAUCUACUACGGAGAACUUCACAACUGCACCAAUGUGGACCGAGUGGUGAAACGCUAUUACCUGCCAGUCUCCUACGCCAUCAUCUUCGUCGUGGGCCUGGUGGGCAACAUCAUCUCCAUUGGCAUCUAUUCGACGAAGCUGCGUCCCUGGAAGAGCAGCAGCAUUAUCAUGGUCAACCUGGCGGUGACCGACCUCCUCUACGUCCUCAGCUUGCCCUUCCUGGUCUACUACUACAGCAACGGCGAUUCGUGGACGCUCGGCAACUUCAUGUGCCGCUUUGUGCGCUUUGGCUUUCAUUUUAACCUGUACGGGAGCAUUCUUUUCCUGAUGUGUCUCGCAGUUUUCCGAUAUGUGGUUGUGAUCAAACCUUUGAUGGCAGCACGGGUGCAGCAGAAGAUUUGGGGUAUAAUUGCGUGCUCAGCCGUGUGGGUCAUUGCUGCAGCUGAAAUCACACCCAUGUUGACAAUGAUAUCUUUGGACACGCACGGCAACAAGACCUACUGCUUGGACUUUGCCAGCGCCAUAUCCACCGAUGGUGUGUGGUGGUAUGGUUGGAUGCUCACUGUACUCGGAUUUCUACUUCCUCUAGUUGUGGUAUUCAUGUGUUACAUAGGCAUCGUGAAACAAUUGGCGAAGGGGCCGAACACAACUAGUCCAAGUCGGACACGAGCACGGCGUGUGACCGUACUGAUCCUAGUGGUGUUCGUGGUGUGUUUCAUGCCAUAUCACAUCUUGCGUGUUUUGCGGAUUGAAACUCGAAAGACGGAAGAAUCAUGGUGUAUGCUAGAACGCACUGUGCACGCAGCAUAUAUUAUCUCCAGACCUCUGGCUGGACUCAACACAUUUUCUAACCUGGCGCUGUACACUUUUUCAGGCGAUAAGUUCAGGAGCGCCUUCCUCAGCAUUUUUUACUGUGAAAACUGGCUUAAGAAGGCCAGGUCCAUGCUCCACCUGGCCAUCGUCAGCAAGACAAGUGGUGACAUCCCCACUGCCUGACUGACAACUGCUCUUCCUUUGGUACCCUUUGACUCAUGCUGUGGACACAUUGUAAACCUCAUACAGACAUGAUGUCUGGAAGACUGCAUGACAGCUGUGACUGUCCAAAAGACGGAGUGAAAACUGCCAAGAACCUACUGUGAGCUAUGUGAGCCAAUAGCUCAUUGUGGAGAGCUUGUCUGAGGUUCUGAAGUCAUGGGUUCAAACCUU